AUGAACACUUCCGUCACUUUACCUACGGGUUUAGGUGUUCAGAUUGCAGGAAUAGGCAGAAUCAAGAUGUCAGAUUAUAUGAUUCUGAACAAUGUUCUCUACAUUCCAGAUUUUCGUCUUAAUCUGCUGAGUAUAAGUCAACUUACGAAGGAUUUGGGUUAUCGGAUUUCUUUUGAUCAUUCCUCUUGUGUUAUACAGGAUCCUAUCAAGGGAUUGAUGAUUGCUCAGGGUGAAGAGAUCUCAAACUUAUAUGUGCUGGAUGUUAGCUCCCUUUUGAAGACAUCUUCUCUAAAUACUAGUUUCUGCACAAAUAUUGUUGCUGACUCUGCUUUAUGGCAUAAUAGGCUUGGUCAUCCAUCAGAUUAUAAGACAGAUUUUGUCAGUGAUGCAAAGGUACCUUUAGAGCAUUGGGGUGAUUGUAUUCUCACAGCCGUUUUCUUAAUCAAUCGUCUUCCAACGCCAUUGCUCAAAAACAAGACGCCUUUUGAAAUUUUACAUGGAAAGAAGAUGGAUUAUACGGGUCUUCGCGUUUUUGGCUGUCUUGCCUUCUGCUCUACAUCGUCCAAGAACAGAACUAAAUUUCAGCCGCGAGCUCGACCUUGUGUUUUUCUCGGAUAUCCAUCUGGUUACAAGGGAUACAAACUCCUUGAUCUGGAGACAAACAAGAUUCAUAUCUCACGUCAUGUGGUGUUUCAUGAAGAAAUAUUCCCGUUUGCCACAGCUCAUUGUGAGUCUCCCUUUGACAUUUUUUCACCUAUGGAUGAUUCCUCUUCAUCUUCUAGUACUACUUCUGUAGAUAAUGGAGUUCCUACAGUUGUGAGUGGUGAUACUCCUGUAGUUGUGAAUGAUGAAAUUUCUAUAGAACCUAGUACUACGGAAGAAUCAGUGCAUAGUGUGGACAAGGAAAAGAAGAAGAAGAGAUCUUCUAAGACUCUGGCUUAUUUGCAAGAUUAUUUCUGUAAUAUGCAAAAGGUGGACAUUCCAUAUCCUCUGGCGAAUUACCUCUCUUAUGAUGAGUUAUCAGACGAUUACAAGGCUUACAUCUGUUCUGUCAAUCUUCACGCUGAACCAAGCUCCUUUACUCAGGCCAAGAAGUUUGAAGAAUGUUGGGUUUUCACAAGUCUCACUCUGAUCACACUUUUGUUUGUGCGGAAUGUUAAUGGGAAGUAUUUGGCUGUCCUUGUUUAUGUCAAUGACAUCAUUAUCACGAGCAACUGUGAUUCUGAGGUUGAUCAGCUUAAAGAGGAUUUGAAGAAAGCUUUCCGUUUACGAGAUUUGGGUGCUUUGCGUUACUUUCUUGGAUUAGAGAUUGCGAGAUCCAAGAGAGGCAUUUCUGUUUGCCAACGCAAGUACAUUUUGGAGUUAUUGGAGGAUACUGGUCUUUUGGCUUGCAAACCAUCUAGCUUUCCAAUGGAUCCUAGUGUCAAAUUGGUUCAAGAUUCAGCUGAGCCAGUCAUAGAAAACAUCAAGUUAUAUCGUCGACUCGUUGGGAAGAUGAUGUAUCUUACGAUCACUCGACCCGAUAUCACGUAUGCUGUCACCAAGUUAUGUCAGUUUGCUUCGGCUCCGAAGCAAUCUCAUCUUAAAGCCGCUUACAAAGUGCUUCAUUACCUAAAAAGCACAAUUGGACUUGGCUUGUUUUACUCUGCUGAUUCAAACUUGGUUCUCACGGGUUUCACUGAUGUCGACUGGAUGUCUUGUGCCGAUAGUCGCUGUUCUACAUCAGGUUAUUGUAUGUUUCUGGGAAACUCUCUCAUUUCCUGGAACUUAAAGAAGCAACAAGUGGUCUCUAACUCCUCUGCUGAAUCGGAGUAUCAUGCCAUGGAGUUUGCUUCACGGGAAGUGGUGUGGUUGCGUGGCUUAGUGGAAGAGUUGCAGGCUCCUCAAUCACAUCCUGUUGCUUUGUUCUGA